AAUGACGAUAUCCAUCUGCACGUGACACGACGCCACGAUUCAACCAUCAGCAUCAUAGUAUUAUGGUAAUAUAGGAAGGAAUCUUCAGAAGAGUAAUGUUUGAGGCCUCAAAUAAUAAUAUUACUGACUGGAGCUAGGCCUAAUCGAUGACUCCCGCAUCGCCAGUCAACCAACUCACUUAGCCUUUUGACCAAGUCAAACAGCCUAGUUGGAAGAUCGCGGUUUGCCUCGUGAAUUUUCUCCAUCUUUUUCCUACUUCACCAUCAACAUCCCCAGGUCGCCUCGACUUCCUUCCGUCACCUCCCCAAUUCACCCCUUCUGUCCUACCAUCCUCCCACCCUGCUGCUUACUACUCUUCCACCAUGACUACUGAGCGUGAAAGCAAGACUUUUCUCGCGAGGCUGUGCGAGCAGGCCGAGCGCUAUGACGAAAUGGUCACAUACAUGAAGGAGGUUGCCAACCUUAGCGGUGAACUCUCCGUUGACGAGCGCAAUCUCCUCUCCGUCGCCUACAAGAACGUCGUGGGCACCCGCCGUGCCUCCUGGAGAAUUAUCUCAUCUAUCGAACAAAAGGAGGAAUCCAAGGGCUCCGAAGAGCACGUCACUAUCAUCAGAGAUUACCGCCAAAAGAUCGAAACCGAGCUCGAGAAGGUCUGCCAGGAUGUGCUUGACGUUCUCGACCAGUCCCUUAUCCCCAAGGCCGAGUCAGGUGAAUCCAAAGUUUUCUACCACAAGAUGAAGGGUGACUACCAUCGUUAUCUCGCCGAGUUUGCUUCUGGCAACAAGCGCAAGGUUGCCGCCACCGCAGCCCACGAAGCUUACAAGAACGCUACCGAUGUCGCACAGACCGAGCUCACACCUACCCACCCCAUCCGUCUCGGUCUUGCUCUGAACUUCUCGGUCUUUUACUACGAGAUCUUGAACUCCCCAGACCGUGCUUGCCAUCUCGCUAAACAGGCCUUUGAUGACGCCAUCGCCGAGCUUGACUCGCUUUCCGAGGAGUCCUACCGCGACAGCACCCUCAUCAUGCAGUUAUUGCGUGACAACCUCACUCUCUGGACCUCCUCCGAGGGCGGUGAAGUUGAGAACCCCGAGGCCAAGGAGGACAAGCCAACUGAUACUGAGGGCGAAGCUGCUGCUCCUGCCGAGGACAAGCCCGAGGAAGCCUCUGCGCCAGCUGAGUCAUAAACACAUUGGCUUGCUUUUAGUGCGCGUCAAUAUCUCACAUUGCAACCAGCUUUGAGAUAAUGACUUGGUGUUAGCUCCGGCGGGUUUACUA